GGUUCCCAAGCGAAACACCAACUACAGAGUCAGACUUCACCAGACUAAAAAAUCGUUUAGUACAAUGUCUUUUCAGCAAAUGCCACCAGAUACACCAUGUCUUCGAUAUCCAGAAACACCCGGUUUACACCAGACAGUCACUUAUGAAGCAGCUAUCAAUAUGUUACUUCGCGCUAUCCAACUAUCGCAAAACGUACCAUAUACCUGGAACUAUAUAGACAAGCCGCAAGAUGGACAAGUAGUACUCAUAUUCCUCAACAACCUCGCUGCGUUCCCCAACGAUGGUAUACGGUAUCAAGACCAGGAGACGAGGUACACUAUACCAGCAGGUUCCACUCGCGAACUCGAAGUGAUGGAAAUAAAAUAUGGUUUCGUCCCAAAUUCACAAGAUACAUCCGCUUGGCGUCUGCGUCGGAGAUAUCGCCUUCACAAAGGUGGUCAUCCCCAAAUCGUUCUCGUGCACUACACACGAGGUCCCCCCAUCCAAAUCAUCCCCUCAUUGUUGAAUCAACCCGUUCGUCAGUACCCUCUCCGCCAGAUAAGUGAUCCACCUGUAUACGUUAUGGGCGAAAAAGCGGGGCAGAAGGUGUAUCCCGGGCCUGGCGGAGGGCAAAUCCAAGGUCUGCCGAGUGGAGCUCCUUCGGGGCCUAUGCCACCUAUAGGCAUGGGCAUGGGCGGGAUGAACAUCAACACGCAGGCCAUGUUGGCGCAGCAAAACAUGAAUAUGGAGGCUCUGGAGAGACGCAGGGAGCGCGAAAGGGGGCGUGAACGAAGUAGCAGUAUGGGCGGGCGACCCCCACCGCCUCGGGUGGAUGAGGACGACUCGGCUGAUGAAUCCGAGUUCAUAUCGACUCGCACGCUAGCGUUGACGCGGUUCAGGCGAAAUCACGAGCUCAUGGAAGAAGUAUUCAAGCAAGCUGCUUUUGGAAACAAAAAAUCAUCUCCGCCGCCAUCUCCUUAUUCAAUAUUUGACAAGUCCGAAUUAGAUACAAAAGCGGCAAAAUUAAGUGAGGAGAUUGAACUGUUAAAGACAAAGGCCGCUGUUCGCAAAGCCUCCAGGGCAGAGAAGUCUUACGAGUCCGACCAGACUCAUGUUGCAAUGGACAUCGCAGAUUCGUGAUAGCACGAUGAACUCAUAAAUGUUCUUUAUACUUUUAUUAUUAUUUUGUAUCCAUAUUGCUUUCCCUUGCAAGAUCCUCCAGAAGAGAAGAAAAAUGUGAAGUG